GGCCCGCCUCCCCAAAGUCCAGCCGGCCCCGGGAACGCGGCGCUUUCCGGAGCUGCACCUGGCGAGGCUCCUGCGUCCUGCGAGGUCGGGUCCUCGAGCCUGGGGGUGCUCAGAUUGCUCUGGAGACGCUGCGAGGACCUUUGCGGGAGCGCCGGUGGACGCGCGGAGUGCGGGGCUCCCGGGGCUGAGCAGGGCGAGACCCUCCCCUCCCCUCCGGGUUUUCACGCUGGGCGAAGGGAGGACCUGAGCCCUGCCCCUUCCAGUACCUGCCAGGAGGAUAACCUUGCUUUGUGGGAGCUCGCUCGGCGCCCUGAGCAACAGAGUUCUGAGAAAUCGGGAAACAUGACAAGGAAUUGGCUGACUAUUUUUAUCCUUUUUCCCCUGAAGCUCAUAGAGAAAUGUGAGUCAACUGUCAGCCUCACCGUUCCUCCCGUCGUAAAGCUGGAAAAUGGCAGCUCAACCAACGUCAGCAUCACCCUGCGGCCACCAUUAAAUGCAACCCUGGUGAUCACUUUUGAAAUCACAUUUCGUUCCAAAAAUAUUACUAUCCUUGAGCUCCCCGAUGAAGUUGUGGUGCCUCCCAGAGUGACAAAUUCCUCUUUUCAAGUGACAUCCCAAAAUGUUGGACAAGUUACAAUUUAUCUGCAUGGAAAUCACUCCAAUCAGACCGGCCCGCGGAUACGCUUCCUGGUGAUCCGCAGCAGCGCCGUCAGCAUCAUCAACCAGGUGAUUGGCUGGAUCUACUUUGUGGCCUGGUCCAUCUCCUUCUAUCCUCAGGUGGUCAUGAAUUGGAGGCGGAAAAGCGUCGUUGGGCUGAGCUUUGACUUCGUGGCCCUGAACCUGACGGGCUUCGUGGCCUACAGCGUGUUCAACAUCAGCCUCCUCUGGGUGCCAUACGUCAAGGAGCAGUUUCUCCUCAAAUACCCCAAUGGAGUGAACCCCGUCAACAGCAACGACGUCUUCUUCAGCCUGCACGCCGUCGUCCUCACUCUGAUCAUCAUCGUGCAGUGCUGCCUGUACGAGUGCAGGCCGCCCUCACAGGGGCUGCUUCAAGGCCAGGGUCCGGCCUCUGUGCCCCACUCCAAGCCUGCCCUAUCCGGAGCCAUCCCCGCUCAGCCCCGUUGUCCUCUGGCUGGUCUGCAUCUCUGCCCUCUCCUCCUGCCCCCAGCGUGGAGGCCAGCGCGUGUCCUGGCCCGCCGUCAGCUUCCUGGUGCUGGCGUGGCUCUUUGCGUUCGUCACCAUGAUCGUGGCUGCGGUGGGGGUGACCACGUGGCUGCAGUUUCUCUUCUGCUUCUCCUACAUCAAGCUCGCGGUCACGCUGGUGAAGUAUUUUCCACAGCAAGGGCAGCCCCCGGGGGCCACAGUGGAGACCGGAGAGGUGAGGUGGGAGGAGGGAGCCCCCUGCGCAGAGCUCCGCCCCUCCUAGGACUGCAGCAGCCACUGUCUUCAGACCCGGGGACUCGGGGCCAGCACAGCUGGGACAGGGUCGGGCUGCAGUUGCGGCACCUGGGCAUGUGGAGCCUCAUUUAACUCACCCUAUUCCCCGAGGGAGGACCCCCGUUCCGUGUCCCCAGCCUUGGGAGCCUCAUGUUUUCUGCCUUGGGAGGGACAGGGUUCGAGGGGGAGGUGGGGCUGCGCUCAGGGCGAGCAGGACUGAGUUCUGUGGACAAGGGGGCGGCGGUGUUCCGGGCCCGGCAGCCUGCACAGAGGCAAGGGCCGGACAGCGCGGGGUAGUGAGGGGGCAGCUACUGGAACAGUACUGAGGGUGUCGAAGCCGGGAGGCCGGGGCCAGGUCCCUGGAGCUGGAGAGGGCUUCUGAGGAAGGGGACGGUUUGGGGAAGUGGGGCUCAGUCCCUGAGGGUGGGAAGGCUUCAGGCCAAGAAGCUGGAGGGAGAGGCAGGUCCCUGGGUUGGAGGCAUUUGGAAUUGUCCGGCACUGGAUGGGCAGCAGCAGGUACGGAAGAGGGAGAACCAGUACACAGCCCAGGACCCAGUGGAGGCUGACUGGGAGGCCAAGACCUGCCUCGUGGGGGGGAAGGGAAGGUCGCAGCAGUCAGAGGACCCUCAGGGCACUGCUGCGUGGCUGGGGGAAGGAAAGGUGGCACCACAGGGGACACGGGGUGCUAUGGCGUGGGAGGAUGGGGGCACAGGCAGGCAGACUGGGGCGCAUCCCCCACAGACCCACCACCCAGACCCAAGAAGCCCCGGCCAGGCCUGCGGCGGGAGCUGACCCGCUCUACAGAUGGGGAAACCAGGUCUAGAAGUAGCCGCUCGCCCCAGGUAGCAAGCUCCAGUGACGGAGCUGGGCUUCCAGACCAGCAGUCCGGCUCCCCACCCAGUCCCUAAGCACAGCAUGAAGUCCAGGCUGAGGGGGGACAGCCUUCACUGGAGGUGAGAAGAAUCGUAGCUGCUGGGAAACUAGCCUUGUCCCCAGGGAUGAGGAGGAGCCGGGAAGGCGGCAUCUGGUCUGCCUCCGCUGGAGUUGUGGGGGGCGGCGCUUUGCUUGCUGUACAGGCAGAUGAGGCCCCUGCUUCCAGGACCACGCAAACUGUUUUUGGCCGAGGCCUGUCAUAGCCCAAAGGUCACUGUGUUCCCUGGAGCCAGGGCCUGAGUGGGAGGAGUGAGAACCGCUCUUGUUUGGAGGGACAGUCACGAGGUGCGGGAGGCAGCCGCCCCCUCACCGCCCUCCGCCUGUCCGUCCGUCUGGCCCAGGCCUACAUGAACUUCCGCUACAAAAGCACCGAGGGCUGGAGCAUCGGCAACGUGCUGCUGGACUUCACC